AUGCCCUCCUCGUAUUCAUUCGGGCUCCGGGGUGCGAUCUGGUCUAACCGACUUUCGAGGUUCAAGUCGGCUGCUCGGUCGUCGUGUGCCGGGCACACUGCACAAUGCAUACAUACCCUUGAGUGUCAGUCAGCCUUGGUGUUGGGGUCACCAAAGGAUUCCAACGCUUUUCAUCCAAGCUCGCAAUCACGCACCACAUCGGUUAGCCGUGACGACAUGACUCUGCCUUUGCUCGCCGUCUGGGGCGCCAUCGUAUAUGCACUGAUUGCAUUGUACAAACUUGCAACGCACCCCCUCCGCAACGUGCCUGGCCCGUGGCAGGCUCGCAUUACCCGGCUUUGGGAACUCAGCCAGGUCCGCGCCAACCACUUUGAGCAUGUCAAUAUUAAUCUGCAUGCCACAUACGGUCCCAUCGUCCGCACCGCCCCCAACAGGUACAGCCUCAACUGCCCUGAAGCUGUACAGCAACUCUAUGGUCAUGGCUCAAAGUUCAUCAAAGACCGCUGGUAUCGUGCAUACGGUCAUCCAGAAGAUGCUCAUGCAGACAUCUUCUCCGUCAUUGACGAGCGCCGCCAUGCAGUCAACAGGCGCAAAGUGGCUUCGCUGUUCAGCAUGACCUCGUUGGUAGCAUACGAGCCCUACGUCGAUACCUCUAAUGCCACCCUCGUGGCUAAGUUUGUCGAGUUUGCUGCAACAAACGAAGUCAUCAGCAUUCCAGAUUGGAUGCAAUACUACGCCUUUGAUGUCGUGGGCGAGUUCACUGUCGGUCGUCCCUUUGGCAUGAUGCGCACGGGCGGGGACAUCCUAGGUAUCCUGGACACCAUUCAUCAGAAUCUGGCGUACAGCUCUCGAAUGUGUCUCUUCAACGAGCUACACGCCUGGCUGGGACUUGUCAACCACACUCUAGGCCAUCGUAGCGCUUUUGAAGACAUCAAUGAUUACGUCAAGGCUCGCCUUGCGGAGCGCCAGCGCCAAAACUCGUCGUUGGAGGGGCUGGACAAGACCGAGGUCCGCAGCGACUUCAUCCAGAAACUCCUCAAUUUGCACGCCCAAGGUAAGAUUGACGAUGCUGACGUCUUCAACACCAUCAAUGUGAACAUAGCUGCUGGCUCCGAUACCACGAGUCUUACGUUGAGUGCUGCCAUCUACUACCUGUGUCGCUCCCCUAACAGUGCUCGAAAACUGUAUGACGAGAUUGAUGACUUCGCUUCGCAAGGCAAGCUAUCGAACCCAGUCACGUUUUCCGAGGCACAGCAAAUGCCCUAUCUACAGGCUGUUAUCAAGGAGACUUUCAGAGUCCAUCCUGGUGUGGGAUUUCCAUUACCUAGAGUGGUACCUUCAGGUGGCGCUGAGAUUGCUGGCACCUUUUUUCCUGAGGGAACGGUCGUAGGCAUGAACGCAUGGGUCCUACAUCGCAACGAGGCCGUCUUCGGUUCCGAUGUAGACGUCUUCCGUCCGGAGCGAUGGCUUGGGCCCAAGGAUGACGUUGCCUCCAUGGAAAGAAACUUAUUCACUUUUGGCGCUGGCUCGCGCACUUGCAUAGGCAAGAACAUCAGUUUGUUGGAAUUGACAAAAUUGAUUCCGCAACUGUACCGGCAAUUCAGCUUUGAGCUUCAAGGCGGUGAAUGGGAAACUGAAAAUGUAUUCUUCGUGAAGUCGAAGUUUCAGUGUAAAGUUGUUUCGAGAUAG